GAGCCGUCAAGGCUGAAACCCGGUCCGAACUCGGAUCCGUAACGAGCGAUUUUGGCAAGUCGAAUGUUGCGAAAAACAAUGUUGUAAUGUGAACAUCGACUCUUCCAAGGUUGCUACUGCGUACCGGAUUGGAUUUGGCCAUUCCUCAUUACACAUCCUGCCUUGCCACAUUAGAAAGCAGCUUUGGGCUGCUCUCCGCAGGUUUAUUUCAGUGCCUCUGACCCAGUAUCGCCGGGCAAACCACUGUUCCCUUCACCAACACUCAUAGGGCUCCAUCUCAAGAUCAAGAUAUACAGAGAUGACCAUGCUUCGACGCAUUCCUAGGAGCCUCGCUAGGCCUACCUCGCGGACGAUCUUGAGAUCCUCGGUCUCGAAACCAUUUCUCGCUUCGAUGCCUCGUUACCUGUCGUCGUUGCCGCCAGUUGAUCCUCCGGUGUCUACAGCCCUCCCAUCCGACUCAUUCCAACUAUUGGCUACGGAAGAUAAGGCUGGAGAUGCCGAGGAUCUGCUUUUCGAACAACAAGUCGAGGAUGUCAAGAAAUGGUGGGCGUCGCCUCGAUACGAAGGGAUCAAACGACCCUAUACCGCAGAAGAUGUCGUGAGCAAACGAGGGACCCUACAGCAGACAUAUCCCAGCUCAAUUAUGGCCAGAAAGUUGUUUAAUCUUCUUAAUGAAAGAGCCGCUGAAGGGAAGCCGGUACACACUAUGGGAGCAAUUGAUCCCGUACAGAUGACUCAACAAGCGCCAAAUCAAGAAAUCCUCUAUGUCUCUGGCUGGGCUUGCUCAUCCGUGCUCACUACUACGAACGAGGUCUCAGCUGAUUUCGGGGAUUAUCCAUAUAACACGGUGCCCAACCAGGUGCAGAGAUUGUUUAAAGCCCAACAACUACAUGACCGCAAACACUUCGAUGCCCGAAGGAAACUGAGUCCUGAGGAGCGGAAAAAGACUCCUUACAUUGAUUACCUGAGACCAAUCGUGGCAGAUGGUGAUACCGGUCAUGGUGGACUAUCUGCCGUCAUCAAGCUGGCAAAGCUGUUCGCUGAGAAUGGAGCCGCUGCCGUGCAUUUCGAAGACCAACUCCAUGGCGGCAAGAAAUGUGGACAUUUAGCAGGCAAGGUGCUGGUACCUGUGGGUGAUCACAUCAACCGUCUCGUGGCCGCCAGAUUUCAAUGGGACAUGAUGGGUUCUGAAAACCUGGUGAUUGCUCGGACCGAUUCUGAGAGUGGAAAACUGCUUUCAAGUGCCAUUGAUGUGCGGGAUCACGAGUUCAUCUUGGGUGUGACGCAGGACACAGAGCCACUCGCAGAAGUACUUCAGGAGAUGGAAGCCAAGGGCGCCAGUGGGCCUGAAAUCGACAAGUUUGAGUCGGCAUGGGUCAAGGAGCAUAAGCUGGUCACAUUUGAUGAGGCUGUGGAAGCCCACAUCAAGUCCGAAGGUGGCGACGCCUCCGAAUACCUGGCCAAGACCAAAGAGAACCGCAACAUGUCACUAUCCAAGCGCCGCGCACUAUCCCAGCAAUACACGAAAUCGCCGGUUGUAUGGUCGUGUGAUAUUCCAAGAACUCGAGAAGGAUUCUACCACUACCGGGCGGGUCUUUCCGCCGCCACUAAGCGUGCCAUUGAAUUUGCUCCCUACGCCGACCUCCUCUGGCUUGAAACUGCCGACCCUAACGUGGCCAAAGCAGCAGGAUUCGCACGAGAAAUCCGCCAGGCAUACCCAGGCAAGAAAUUGGUCUACAAUCUCAGUCCAUCCUUCAACUGGAUGGGACAUGGGUUCGAUGAUGCUUCUCUGAAGUCAUUUGUCUGGGACCUAGCGAAGGAAGGCUUCGUGCUUCAGUUGAUCUCGCUGGCUGGUCUGCACUCCACGGCCACCAUCACGGCCGAGUUGUCGCGAGGUUUCAAGGACGACGGAAUGCUGGCAUACGUCAAGCUCGUCCAAAGCCGGGAAAAGGCACUUGGUGUUGAUGUCCUAACACACCAAAAAUGGAGCGGUGCGCCGUACAUUGAUGGCAUUAUUGGUGCCAUUCAAAGCGGCAGCAGUGGCAGCAAGAGUAUGGGUGAGGGCAACACUGAGACCAGCUUCUGAGUGGGCAUCGGAAGCCGUCAAUUCUAAGCCAGCGCUCUGUGACAACACGCCUUGCAUGAUACCGGGGCGGCCAAUUCACGCGGCGAGUAUUCGUGCGCCACGUGGGCUAGCAUUUGCGAACGCACAUCGCUAAUAUGAUGGCAAUCCGCUGAGUCGCUUUCAGCACUGAAAGGAUACACAGAUGUCAUGAGAUACAGUGAGUGGGUAUGCAGCGACCUAGUACUCGGAUAUAUGGACUUCGCCCGAUACACAUGGUUGUAUGUGCGCAGUGAGAAUGGUAAGUUGGUCUGCAUUGAUGUAUACCCAUGUUUAGACAGAUCAAUUCCAUAUUUAGCUAUAUUUAUAAGUUACAAGCGAAAAGUUUCGUCCGAGGGCUCAUGAUCCUUUGGCAUGGCGCUUCCGCUGAAUACAGACUGUGAUUUUGAGUCAAGAGCUGUUUGCCGGGACUGCCUGCGUAGGAGGGAUGUCCUCUCUCACUGGGCUGUAGACUGGCGUUAUGUAUGUCUGAUGUUUAAGACAUUGUCUCCUGAAAAAUCAUCGACCCUAGAAGUGUAUAUACCAAGAAUCUGUAUAAGCACAAAACGGACGAUAUCGGC